AUGAAGUCCCUCUUGCUCCUUGGCCUCACGGGCCUCGCUGCCAACGUCCAGGCUCACCCUCAGAGGCGGGAGCCCAAUGAGUCUCCUCUGUCCAAGCGCGGUAUCGACCUCGAGAAGUUCCGCCUUCCUGAGAUUUCCGACUAUACCACCUCGUCGAGUGCCAAGGCCGACGAGUCGGUCGUCUCCAUCAACAAGCGCGGCGACUACAUCGAGGCCGCCAAGGAGCUGGUCAAGACGGUCGCGCCCGGUGCUGAGUACCGUCUGGUCAACGACCACUACGUCAGCUCUGACGGCGUCGCCCACGUGAACUUCAAGCAGACCCUGCACGGCAUCGACGUCGACAAUGGCGACUUCAACGUCAAUGUUGGCAAGGACGGCAAGAUCUUCUCGUACGGCAACAGCUUCUUCAAGGGCGAGGCGCCCAAGGAGAACCCGCUUCACAAGCGGGACUUCUCCGACCCCGUGACUGCCCUCAAGGGGGCCAUCGACACCCUCGGCCUGGGCGUGACGGUCAAGGACGCAAAGGCCGAGGCCAAGGAUGGCAAGGAGCACUUUGCCCUCAAGGGCACCAAGGGUGCCGUCAGCGACCCCGACGCCAAGCUCGUCUACCUCCAGAACAAGGACGGCAAGCUGUCCCUGACCUGGAGAGUCGAGACCGACGUCAUGGACAACUGGCUGCUGACCUAUGUCGAUGCCACCAACACCAAGACCGUCCACGGCGUCGUCGACUACGUCGCCGACCUGGCCACGUACCAGGUCUACCCGUGGAACGUCAACGACCCGACCGAGGGCCAGCGCACCGUCAUCAAGGACCCCUGGAACUCGGCGACCUCGCCCUUUACGUGGAUCAGCGACGGCAAGACCAACUACACCACCACCCGCGGCAACAACGCCAUCGCCCAGGUGAACCCCUCCGGCGGCGACAGCUACCUCAACAACUACAGGCCCAACAGCCCCAGCCUGAAGUUUGAGUACCCGUACACGCCCACGCAGUCCAACAAGGAGGCCUACCGCGAUGCGUCCAUCACGCAGCUCUUCUACACUGCCGACAAGUACCACGACCUGCUGUACACCCUGGGCUUCGACGAGAAGGCCGGCAACUUCCAGGCCAACAACAACGGCAAGGGUGGCGCCGGAAACGACUUUGUCAUCCUCAACGCCCAGGACGGGUCGGGCACCAACAAUGCCAACUUUGCCACUCCCCCUGAUGGCCGGAACGGCCGCAUGAGGAUGUACAUGUGGACCAGCGCCACGCCGGCGCGAGACUGCUCGUUCGACGCCAACGUUGUGCUUCACGAGUACACCCACGGCUUGUCCACCCGCCUGACUGGCGGCCCUGCCAACUCUGGCUGCCUCAACGGCCUCGAGUCGGGCGGCAUGGGCGAGGGCUGGUCCGACUUCAUGGCGACGGCGAUCCGCAUCAAGGCGACGGACAAGCGCACCAAGGACUACACCAUCGGCUCGUGGGUCGCCAACAAGCCCAACGGCAUCCGCGCGUACCCCUACUCGACCAACACCAACACCAACCCCUACACGUACGCCGACGCCAACCAGCAGCGCGAGGUGCACGCCAUGGGCACCAUCUGGGGCACCGUCCUGUACGAGGUCAUCUGGAACCUCAUCGACAAGCACGGCAUCACCGACAAGGACUUCCCCGAGUUCGACGCGGCCGGCGUCCCCAAGGACGGCCGCUACCUCACCAUGAAGCUCAUCAUCGGCGGCCUGGCCAUCCAGCCCUGCAACCCCAACAUGGUCUCCGCCCGCGACGCCAUCAUCGAUGCCGACAAGGCCCUCACCAAGGGCGCCAACCAGUGCGAGCUGUGGAAGGCGUUUGCCAAGCGCGGCCUCGGCGAGGGCGCCCGGUAUGGCUCGACCAACCGCGUCGAGAGCUUCGAUGUCCCCGCCGGCGUGUGCUAA